UCAUCCCACCAAAAAACAAAAAAACAUACAUCUUGGUAAGUUUUACCAUUAAGGGAAUGGACUUAUUCAUCACUUCCAAAAGUUUAUAGAAGUUUGAAUCCAAUUUUUAUAUUCAUACAUUAUCCCAGGAGUAUUUUUCCAUAUUAUGAAUUGAUUUUUGUUGGCAUCUUUGAGGGCCAACAAAAAUCAAUUCCUAAUACGGAAACAUCUUUUAAAGGUCUGUUGUAGCCCAUAAUACUGUCCUCAUUGGAAAGGACUUUUGCCUUUGUAAACAUGAUAUGAAGCUGCUCAGGGUUGGAGUAUAGCAUUGUGGUUAGACUGUUUGAACCGUCAUUACUCGUACGUAACCCAGGUUGACCUUGAACUGACAAGCCUCCUGCCUCAAUACCUCCUGAGUUCUGGGAUUAUAGGUGUGUACCAUGAUGCCCAGCCUGCAAUCACUUUUAAGACCUUUGCCAAAUUGCUUCUCUUUUUUUUUAAACAGUAUUGGUGUUUUGAACUCAGGGCCUUGCACUUGCUUGUCAAGCAUUCUACCACCUGAGCUACACCCCAAGCCUUUUUGCCUAGGCCAGCUUCAAACUGCACCACAAUCCUCCCACUUCUGCCUCUGUGCACAGUUUAUAUUAUAGAUGUGUAUCAUCAUGCUUGGCUUGUUCUUUAAGAUAGGGUCUUGCUAACUUUUAUUGCCCAGGCUUGCUUUGAAGCAUAAUCCUCCCAUAUCUGCCUCCAACAUAGCUGGUAUUAUAGGCAUGAGCCACUGUGCCUGAUCCAAAUUACUUCUUUACAGGGUCAUGCAAAUUCUCCCUCCCUGCAGUGAGGUAUGAGCCCCUCAGCACCUGGGCUCUUCCAUCCUUCACAGUCUCUGCUCUUUGGGGCAGGCCCAAAAGGCAACAUCAUUUCCCAUUCCCCUUAAAUGGCUGUGGUGGUCAGAAAGUUCCUGCUAAUAAAGGGCUCCUGUCUACCUUCACCCUAAUUCCAGUCCUGGCCUGUUCUCAAGGCCAUCUGAUCCCUACCUCAUGUGAUACCAGAGAUGGUUCCACUGCUGCUAGUACUCUAGCCACCAGGAGGGAGAGCAGGUGGUGGAGUGAUCAGUCAGUGGUUGUGGAGAUGUAGGACCCUGGGAAAUCCAGAAAAAGCAAGAAACCCCUGAACUUCCAGAAUUUACCAGAGCAUAUGGACCAGCUGCUACAGGUGGACAACGAGGAUGAAGAAAGCCAGGAAGAGGUCGAAGGACGACUUGGCCCAUCCACUGUGGUCCUAGACCACACAGGAGGCUUUGAGGGGCUUCUUCUGGUGGAUGAUGACCUCCUGGGCGUGAUUGGACACAGCAACUUUGGCACUAUCCGCUCUACCACAUGCGUGUACAAAGGGAAGUGGGUCUACGAGGUGCUCAUCUCCUCUCAGGGGCUCAUGCAGAUUGGCUGGUGCACCAUCAACUGCCGCUUCAAUCAGGAGGAGGGGGUUGGAGAUACACACAACUCCUAUGCCUAUGAUGGGAACCGAGUGCGCAAGUGGAAUGUGACCACAACGAAUUAUGGCAAGGCGUGGGCAGCGGGGGACAUUGUGAGCUGCCUGAUUGACCUGGAUGACGGUACUCUGUCCUUCUGCCUGAAUGGUGUGUCACUGGGCACUGCCUUUGAGAACCUGUCCAGAGGCCUGGGCAUGGCCUACUUCCCAGCCAUCAGCCUGUCUUUUAAGGAGUCUGUGGCCUUCAACUUUGGCAGCCGUCCUCUGCGCUACCCAGUUGCGGGCUUCCGGCCCCUGCAGGACCCACCAUGUGCUGACCUGGUACGGGCUCAGAGAUUACUGGGCUGCUUCCGUGCAGUGCUCAGUGUGGAGCUGGAUUCUGUGGAAGGGCGGCUGGUGCAGAAGGACAGCUCUGAGUGGCAGUUGCAGGGCCAGCCUACUGUCCUUCUCACGCUGGCCCACAUCUUCCAUCGCUUUGCACCACUCCUGCGCAAGGUGUACCUGGUGGAGGCUGUGCUCAUGGGCUUCCUGCUGGGCAUCGUGGAGAAGGGCACGCCUGUACAGGCACAGUCUCUGGUGCACCAGGUCCUGGACCUCUUGUGGCUCUUCAUGGAGGACUAUGAGGUUCAGGAUUGCCUCAAGCAAUUGAUGAUGUCUCUGCUGCGGCUGUACCGGUUCUCACCCAUCGUUCCAGACCUGGGCCUGCAGAUCCACUACCUGCGGCUCACUAUCUCCAUCCUGAGGCAUGAGAAGUCCCGCAAGUUUCUGCUUAGCAACGUCCUCUUCGACAUGCUCCGAUCUGUUGUCUUCUUUUACAUCAAGAGCCCCCUGCGGGUGGAGGAGGCUGGCCUGCAUGAACUCAUUCCUACCACCUGGUGGCCCCAUCGCUCCAGCAGGGAGGGCAGAGAAAGUAAGGAAGUGAAGGAGGAAACCACUGAGGAGCGUCAACGGCGGCGGGCCUAUGAACGGGGCUGCCAGAGGCUCAAAAAGCGCAUUGAAGUGGUGGAAGAACUACAGGUCCAGAUUCUGAAGCUGCUGUUGGACAAUAAGGAUGAUAAUGGGGGUGAAGCUUCUAGGUAUAUCUUCUUGACUAAGUUCCGAAAGUUUCUGCAGGAGAACGCCAGUGGCCGGGGGAACAUGCCAAUGCUCUGCCCCCCUGAGUACAUGGUCUGCUUCUUGCACCGGCUGAUCUCUGCUCUGCGCUUCUAUUGGGAUGAAUACAAGGCUUCCAACCCCCGUGCUUCCUUCAGCGAGGAGGCAUACAUCCCACCUCAGAUCUUCUAUAAUGGCAAAGUGGACUACUUCGACCUGCAGCGCCUUGGGGGCCUCCUUUCACACCUUCGCAAGACCCUCAAAGAUGACCUUGCUUCCAAAGCCAACAUUGUGAUUGACCCAAUGGAACUCCAGGCGGCCACCAUGGAUGACCUGGAUGAGGAUGAGGAGCCAGCCCCAGCAGCAGCCCAGCGCCCCAUGCAGGCCCUAGCCAUUGGAGGGGCACUACCUCUGCCCCGGCCUGGCUGGCUCAGUUCUCCAACCCUGGGCCGAGCAAACCGCUUCCUCAGCACAGCAGCCGUGAGCCUCAUGACCCCACGGCGGCCUCUGAGCACCUCGGAUAAAGUGAAGGUCCGCACACUCAGUGUGGAGCAGAGGACUCGUGAGGACAUUGAGGGAAGCCACUGGAAUGAGGGCCUGCUGCUGGGGCGGCCCCCUGAGGAACCUGAGCAGCUCCUCACCGAGAACUCACUGCUGGAAGUCCUGGAUGGCACCAUCAUGAUGUAUAAUCUCAGCGUCCACCAGCAGCUGGGCAAGAUGGUGGGUGUGUCCGAUGAUGUCAGUGAGUACGCGAUGGCUCUGAGGGACACGGAGGACAAGCUCCGCAGGUGCCCCAAACGGAGAAAAGAUAUCCUUGCAGAGUUGACCAAGAGCCAGAAAGUUUUCUCAGAAAAGCUGGACCACCUGAGCCGCCGUCUUGCCUGGGUCCAUGCCACUGUCUACUCCCAGGAGAAAAUGCUAGACAUCUACUGGCUAUUGCGUGUCUGCCUGCGGACCAUUGAGCAUGGGGAUCGCACGGGAUCUCUCUUUGCCUUCAUGCCUGAGUUCUACCUGAGUGUGGCCAUCAACAGCUACAGUGCUCUCAAGAAUUAUUUUGGCCCUGUGCAUAGCAUGGAGGAGCUGCCAGGCUAUGAAGAGACCCUGACCCGUCUGGCCGCCAUCCUAGCCAAACACUUUGCUGACACACGCAUUGUGGGCACUGACAUUCGAGACUCACUGAUGCAGGCCUUAGCCAGCUACGUGUGCUACCCACACUCCCUGAGGGCUGUGGAGCGGAUCCCUGAGGAGCAGCGUAUUGCCAUGGUGAGGAACCUCCUGGCACCCUAUGAGCAACGGCCUUGGGCCCAGACCAACUGGAUCCUGGUGCGGCUUUGGAGGGGCUGUGGAUUUGGGUACCGCUAUACACGGUUGCCACAUCUGCUGAAAACCAAACCAGAGGAUGCCAAUUUGCCCAGCCUCCAGAAGCCCUGCCCCUCCACCCUGCUGCAGCAGCAUAUGGCAGACCUGCUGCGGCAGGGUCCCGAUGUGGCACCCAGCUUCCUCAACAGCGUCCUCAACCAACUCAACUGGGCCUUCUCUGAGUUCAUCGGCAUGAUCCAGGAGAUUCAGCAGGCUGCUGAACGGCUGGAGCGGAACUUUGUGGACAGCCGACAGCUCAAGGUGUGUGCCACCUGCUUUGACCUCUCGGUUAGCCUGCUGCGUGUCUUGGAAAUGACUAUCACUCUGGUGCCUGAGAUAUUCCUUGACUGGUCCCAGCCUACCUCUGAGAUGCUGCUGCGGCGUCUUGCACAGUUGCUGAACCAGGUGCUGAACCGGGUAACAGCUGAAAGGAACCUCUUUGACCGUGUGGUCACCCUACGGCUACCUGGCCUGGAGAGUGUGGACCACUACCCCAUCCUGGUUGCAGUGACAGGCAUCCUGGUGCAGCUUCUAGUACAUGGUCCAGCCUCAGAGACAGAGCGAGCCACAUCAGUACUUCUGGCUGAUCCCUGCUUCCAGCUCCGUUCUAUAUGCUAUCUCCUGGGGCAGCCAGAGCCUCCAGCACCUGGCACUGCACUGCCUGCCCCUGACCGGAAGCGCUUCUCCCUGCAAAGCUAUACAGAUUAUAUCAGUGCUGAGGAGCUGGCCCAGGUGGAACAGAUGCUGGCACACCUGACUGCUGCAUCUGCCCAGGCAGCAGCUGCAUCCCUGCCCACCAGUGAGGAUGACCUCUGCCCAAUCUGUUAUGCCCACCCCAUCUCUGCCGUGUUCCAGCCUUGUGGCCACAAGUCUUGCAAAGCCUGCAUCAACCAGCACCUGAUGAACAACAAGGACUGUUUCUUCUGCAAAGCCACCAUCGUGUCUGUAGAUGACUGGGACAAGGCAUCCAAUACAAGUACCUCAGCUGCCUAGGCCAGCCUAAUGCACAAAGCUUGCAUCACCCUGGAACCUCUACCCUCAAAACCAGACCCAAGCUGAGCCCUAUUUAUGAGCUCCCUUGGCCCUGUCCCCCCAGCACCACCACAUCACAUCCAACUUCCUUCUUGCCUGUGUGUAGCCUCAUUGAUGGGAGCUCAGCCACAGCCCUAAUUAUGCCUGAGCUUGACUUUUAGUCUGGGCCAUGGUGACCAUUAAAUUAUUAUUCCAUACA